AUGCAGAUUCAUUCUUGCUGGGCGGAGCAUCUUCUGGGGAAGGUCUUCUCUGAGCUUCUUUUCCUCGUUGGGGUCCCCCGAUGCCGAAGUUUUCAGGCCGAAGUCUUCAGUCCUUGUCGUCAGGGUUCCUCAUCGAGUCUUAACAAAGUCUUCUCCUUGAUCGCAGUCGGAGAAAAUCUUCCAGUAGUCGUUUUUAGCUGUCGAGAUCCAACCGACCUGUUAUUAUGUCACAUGACACACGGCUGGCGAGCCGGGUUUGCGUCACGUGAUCUUGCUCGUGUCGUGUCUGCUGCGUGGUGGCGAGGGGGGCCGAUCCAGGAAGUGGCGGCGCGGAGUGAUCGCGACUUCGCGAGUCAUUACCAUAGAGUGUCCGGCGGCGGGGCAGCGGUUAGUGAAGAAUACCUUAGAGAACCAUCAAAGACGAAAAAGGAGAAGUUAAACAUGGAGGUGUGGUGCUACCCGUGUUUACUGAUUUUUAUGAUGCCUGUGCCUGGUAGUGCAGACGGGCAAGAAAAUGUCACGGAUGUUAGUGUCACUACUUCAACAGUUCCCACAAAUUCUUCGAUCACAAAGCCUACCCAGUUAUCCUUCUGGGGCAACUUUGAAAUGAUGCAGCGAGCCUUCUAUGUACUCAUUGGAAUCAGCUUGUUGGCUGUGCUCUACUUUGUGAUUCGGACUUGCAGCUUAAAAAAGAAGCCACAGAGGAAGAAGUAUGGACUUCUCUCAGAUUAUGAUGAAACUAUGGAAUUGGGAUCCAUGGACAGUGAUGAAGAGAAAAUUUUUGAAUCAAGAGGUUUAAGAAGGUGAUUAGUAAAGUUGUAAAUCUGGGAUCACUAACCACAACGAAGCCCUGUCUUUCUGUCCUUGUGAUGACACAGACUGGUUCCCUCGGGAUCUCUGUUUUGAGGGGAUACGAGCUUGGGUGACCAAAUUUAUGCUUACAUUAACUACUGCCAAUGGAAAAGCCUGACUAAUUUGGGCCUUUGGUUUUUAUUCUGCUGCGUUGAAAUCCACAGUAAAGACUUAAAAAGAAUAUGCGGUUCUCUGGCGUUUGCACAAAAUGUACAUUCCAUUUUCACAGUGCGGACUAAUUGUCUAACUUGGACUUGCAGCUAUUAAUGGUUAAAUAACAAGUGCUUUCCUUUUUACCUUCUCAACACAAAGUAUGUGUUAAAUUCUGUUGCUAAACCAGGUAAUAUGGUUUUGCUGCCAGGGAGUUUGGCAAAGAUGCAAGUCCUCACUCAUCCUGUGCUACUAAUUUUCUAGGUUGUGCAGGAUAUUUUGUAACAAACAUUUAUUUUUCCACUGUGCCUUUUUGUAUAUGAAUAAAACAUUGUUUAAUCUGGA